AUGGUAGAAGCUGAAGCAUUUACUGCAAUAUAUCUCCCAUCAACUUCCAAAAGGCCUUGUUAUUGUUGCUUGAUACAUAAUAAAGAUCUUAAUAAUAUGGAAUUGUCCAAUAUUAUUUUAAGAACUCCAGAGAAUAUGAGAGAAAUUAUCGAUAAAGAACAAGCAUUUUCAGUUCAUGAAGAAUUUAAUUAUUUUUGGAAAUUCAAAAAUUUUAAUAUUUAUGAAGCAACAGUUUCGGAUCGAAUGCAUUUAUUAGAUCUUGGAAUAACAAAAUAUCUCCUGGAGUUUACUCAUGAAUAUUUACAACGAAAGAUUAGUAUUGAGACUGUUAAGGAAAUGGAUCACUGA